UGGCUCUUUUACUUGUUUUUUACAAUUAUUUUUGGACAACAGGCGGUUGGAUUAUUGAAACUACAUAAGGAUUUGUGGAAAUGUUGGGUCCUCAAGAAGAUAAAUUAUGUGGAAUUUUCUCUGCUUUGGCGGCUUUGUCCUUCGUUUGCUUUGCUCAAAGCUCCACCCCUGGAAACACUGGCAUGUCUGUUGCCAAGUCUACGGUGGACAAGCUACUAAAGGGGUAUGACAUCCGUCUGCGCCCAGACUUUGGAGGUCCUCCGGUCAUUGUAGGAAUGAGCAUCAACAUCGCUAGCAUCGACUCCAUCUCGGAAGUAAACAUGGACUACACCAUCACAAUGUAUUUCCAGCAAAGUUGGCGAGAUAAGAGAUUGGCCUACGCUGAGCUGGACCUCAACCUGACUCUGGACAACCGCGUGGCCGACCAGCUGUGGCUCCCAGACACCUACUUCCUGAACGACAAGAAGUCCUUUCUGCACGGCGUGACGGUCAAGAACAGGAUGAUCCGUCUGCACCCGGACGGCACCGUUCUGUACGGACUGAGAAUAACCACCACGGCAGCUUGCAUGAUGGACCUGCGGAGGUACCCCCUCGACGAGCAGAACUGCACCCUGGAAAUCGAAAGCUAUGGGUACACAACAGAUGACAUCGUGUUCUUCUGGCAAGGAGGGGACACGGCCGUGACCGGAGUGGACAAGCUGGAGCUCCCUCAGUUCUCCAUCGUGGAGCUGCGCUUGGUGUCCAGGGAGGUGAGGUUCACCACAGGGUCCUACCCCAGGCUAUCGCUGAGUUUCAGGAUAAAGAGGAACAUUGGCUACUUCAUCCUGCAGACCUACAUGCCGUCCAUUCUGAUCACCAUCCUUUCCUGGGUGUCCUUCUGGAUCAACUACGACGCGUCCGCGGCACGAGUUGCCCUGGGUGUUACCACGGUGCUCACCAUGACAACAAUUAACACCCACCUUAGGGAGACCCUCCCAAAGAUCCCAUAUGUGAAAGCCAUCGAUGUCUACCUCAUGGGCUGUUUUGUGUUUGUGUUCCUGGCGUUGCUGGAAUAUGCCUUCGUUAAUUACGUGUUCUUUGGAAGAGGCCCCCAGCAGCAGAAGAAGAUCAACGACAGGAUGAACAAAGCCAACAACGAGCGUCCGAGAUACGAAGAAAAGCGCCUGAGGGAACAGGACUCCAUAUCCGUGCCGUUUCAAACCAACACCCUCAGGUCAUAUACACAGCGGAGAAAUCUGUAUCUCGAGGAACAAAGAAAAGUUGGGGUGGAUGCGUACGGGAACAUCCUGCUCACCACGCUGGAGAUGAACAACGAGGUGAUGCCCUCCGACGUCGGAAGCAGUGUCAGCGACUCGCGGAACUCAGUCAUGUCCUUUGACAGUUCAGGGGUGCAGUUCAGGAAGCCCAUGGCCCCUAGGGACGGCUUUAGCCACCACUCCUUGGACCGCGGCGCCAUGCGCACCCGGGCCAACUGUCGCCUACGACGACGCUCCUCCAAGCUCAAGCUGAAGAUCCCUAACCUGGCUGAUGUCAGCACCAUUGACAAGUGGUCCCGGGUCAUUUUCCCCAUAACCUUUGGAUUUUUCAACCUAAUCUACUGGUUGUACUACGUGAAUUGA